AUGAUGGUGAUGGACAUGCAGACCAGGCCCUCAGGGCCUCACUGGUACGAGCUGUACCUGCAGCCCUGUGUGGCCGAGCUGCUGGGCACUGCGCUCUUCGUCUUCGUCGGCUGCCUCUCCGUGCUCGAGGACUCCAAGGGCACAGAGCUGCUGCAGCCUGCCCUAGUCCACGGGCUGGCAUUGGGACCCAUCAUCACCAUCCUGGGAGGCAUCAGUGGAGGCCACCUCAACCCUGCAGUGUCCCUGGCUGUGUGGCUGGUUGGAGGGCUGAACAUCACGAUGCUUGUCCCUUACUGGCUCUCCCAGCUCUGUGGAGGGGUGAUAGGAGCUGGCCUGGCAAAGGCUGUGGUGGAGGAGGAGUCCUACAGGAAUUCCACGGGAGGAGCCUUCAGCAUCAUCACAAGUGAUGAGCAGGUCCCCCCUGCCCUCGUGAACGAGAUCAUCAUGACCUCCUUCCUGCUCCUCGUGGUCUGCAUGGGAGCCAUCAAUGGGAAGACCAAGUCCCCACUGGCUCCAGUCUACAUCAGCUGCACCGUCACGGCCACCGUGCUGGCAGGAGGCAGUGUGUCCGGAGCCUGCAUGAACCCCGCCAGAGCCUUUGGGCCCGCGCUGCUGGCAGGCUGCUGGGACUACCACUGGGUGUACUGGGUAGGGCCCACUGUGGCUGCCCUCCUGGUCAGUGUGACAGUGAGGCUGCUGCUGGGUGACCAGAGCACCCGCCUGAUCCUGAAGUGA